AUGGAGAUCAGAGCUGCCUCCGCAUUCUUAUCCUUCCUCCUCCUCUUCUUUCUCUUUGCAUCGCUGCCGUGCUGGAAGUCAGCCGCCGCCUCUGCUUCCGGCCGGCGAUCGGCCACGGCUUGCAACGAGACAGCUGACUCCGGCCGCCGAUGCGGAGUGGAGGAGGAGCAGGACGGGGAGGAGUUACAGUUCGAUUCGGAGAUAAACAGAAGACUCCUCGCUCAGACGUCCGGCAUCAGUUAUGGUGCUCUGAACAAAGAUAAGCCGACCUGUUCUUCUAAAGACGGCAAACCGUACAACUGCGCCGGGAAAUCCCCUAACCCCGGCGGCGGCCGGACGUGCAAUGUCGACUACUACCGCUGUUAA